GUAAUGCGUAACGUAUUAUGUGUUGUUUGAGGAAACCAUUGUGUUGAUUUGUCAAUUUUUACGAAGUAAUGCACAUGCGCGGAUCGCAUCAAGUUCGAAUUUUAAAUUGGUGCAAUGAAAGCGUAAAAGGUUAUGUUUAUAAAUCAUGUCAGCAGCAGCAGCGGUUGAGUUUAGUCGAGUAGAGACGUAGUGACAGAGUGUGUUCGUUGACUCGUCAAAGACAUAUAUCGCAUUUGCAUUUGUAUGUUAUACUAUAGUUUUAAAAUGAGUAAAAAAUUAAAGUUAGAUACUUUGAAAUCAUCGAGAUGUUUACGAUCUGGAGGUAAAGUCGACAGUACAGAUCCAGGGAAUAUAACGUCAAGCUAUUUUAACGAUGAGAACGAUUUACCGAAGAAAACAGAGAGGAAAAAGCGUACACCGAUAAAAAUAAAAUACGAGCAAUUAAAAACUGUGGAGGACGUAACGAUUUCAAAAGCGAAAACUGAAAAUGUGGAAGAAGAAAUGAAAGCAGAAGGACACGAUUGGAUGCCACCAAACUGGAAAACUAUUUUGGAAAAUAUUAAGGAAAUGAGGAAACAUAGAACAGCACCUGUCGACGAAAUGGGCUGUCACAAAUGCGCCGAUCCGAAAGCAUCCGCCAAAGUCUCUAGGUUUCAAUCAUUGAUCGCAUUGAUGCUUAGUAGUCAGACCAAGGAUCAAGUUACUCAUGCGGCUAUGCAAAGAUUAAACAGUUACGGUUGUACUCCAGAAAUAAUAGCUAAUACUCCCGACGAGACUCUUGGGACGCUUAUAUAUCCAGUUGGAUUUUGGAAGAGGAAAAAAGAAUAUAUCAAGAAAACGUCGGUGAUUUUAAUAGAAAAAUAUGAUAGCGACAUUCCUAGAACGUUAAAGGAAUUGUGCGAAUUACCAGGAGUGGGACCAAAAAUGGCUCACAUUUGUAUGCAAAUAGCAUGGGGCGAAGUUUCUGGUAUCGGCGUCGAUACGCAUGUGCAUCGUAUCUCUAAUAGACUGAAAUGGGUAGAGAAGCCAACAAAGACCCCGGAAGAAACAAGAAUCGCGUUAGAAAAGUGGCUUCCAAAGGAUCUUUGGAAAGAGGUAAAUCAUCUACUAGUUGGGUUUGGCCAAGAAAUUUGCUUACCACGUUUUCCUAAAUGUUCCGAAUGCUUAAAUAAAACCAUAUGUCCAUUUAUCGUGAAAAAUGGGGCGAAAAAGGAGACGUAA